AUGCCGAAUGCGUGGUGGAGACGAUCGGAAGUCCUGAUCGGUCUCACUCUAUGGUGGCGACGCCCUUCGAGGACGACGUCGAUAACGAAGACCGUCGUCACUUUCCAAUUGGUAACAGACUCAAGAGAUGGUCUUCCGUACUCUUGCCGCGCUAAGCUUCACCGUUGUGGUCUCGGCCGAAUACUUCGAAGGUGACGGUACGAGCUACACGUUAGGCGAUAUCAGCAGUGGCAAUUGCAACUUCAUGUCAGCCAUCCCGACGGCCUCAACCAACUACGCGGCGCUCAACAACGAUCAAUGGGACAACCUGGCUAACUGCGGCCGCUGUGCCGAGGUAUCCUGCAUUGACGACCAAUGCACCGACCAAACCACCACUGCCAUCGUGCAAAUCUUGGAUCGGUGCCCGGAGUGCAGCUCUGGCGACCUGGAUCUGUCACCGACAGUGUUCAAGACUAUCACCGGCUCGGAUCCCAGUCGUCUGUCGAUCCGCUGGAAGUUCGUGGACUGUCCCAAUCCAGGUAACAUCGAGGUGUGCCUCAAGUCCGGCAGCAACGGAUACUAUGUGGCCGUGCAGCCUACUAACACCCUGGUCGGAGUGGAGACCGUGACUAUCAACGGCGAAGCGACCACCAUGGUGGACAGCGCCUACUACUACCUGAUCGAGAGCACAAGUGAUGUUGACCUGACGUCCGUGGCUGUAUCGAUCACGUCCGUUGAAGGUGAGACUGUGGAAGGUACCUACUCGCUGACGGCGGGUGAGUGCGUGGACACCGACCAGCAGUUUACCACUAGCAGCAGCAGUCAGACUACCAGCUCGACAACCUACACAUCCACCACGACCACUGCACCAACGUCCAACACCACUACACCAGCGUCCACAACAGCAACACCUACGUCCACCACGGCCACACCAGUGUCCACUACUGCAACACCAGCGUCUACGACAGCAAUACCAACGUCCACGACGGCUACGCCUAUAUCCACUACUGCUACUCAGACAUGGGGAAGUGUUGGUGAGGACACCGAAAAUUCUUUAGAGGAAGAUGUGGAAGCCACUACGUCUCCUACUAGCACUACUUCAACGCCGGCUUCAACAACAUCGACUCCAGUGGCAACCACGACUAUUCCACCCACCACCACAACAGCUCCUACUGCAACGACAACGACCCCAACGACUAAUUCACCGAAGUGCCGCGUGCGAAGCCGUCGCGGUUAAUUGCUUCGAGCAUAUACCUCGCCGAAUCAGUGUUGUUCAUGCAGUAGUCGUUAACCAUUAAUUCAGUUUAAGGGAUAAACCUUUUGUUGG